UGGAAAUGGUUUGAGUUUAGCGCGGCAUCGGGCAGGGAACAGAGCGUCAGAGACAGCAUUUAUGCGAUGUUUAUUAUCUUUAACGCACACAAUUCGCAAAGUUACAAGUGGUCUUCUUCUAGCAAUCAGCAUGUGUUGUUAGAGUGUCCAGAAAUUAUUGGACGACAAUUAUUUUGUGACAUAAUCGCGCAUUAUUACGAACUUAUUAGCAGCGGUUCGAAUCCUGGUUGUGGCAGGUGGCUGGAAGCGAGGUAAGAAAAUUUCCAUUUCCAUAUUGCUUGGGAUAAGGAAUCGGCAAUAAGAUGUGUCUGCUACGCAGUUCAGUUAGCCAGUUAGUCAAAAAUGAUUUGCAUCACCUUCUAACUUGGAUUCAAAAACCACUUUUGACCUACUACGAAUGAUCAGGUGACCUAUCGGUCAAACGAUCCAGUCGAAGCAACCAACCGUUCCUUAUUAAUAAAAAAAAAAGAAAAAGCAGGCAACCGAAAGCUCUGCAUUUAUUGUGAUUAUUAUUUAAGUUAUAUAAACAGUGAUAUUAUGUAUAAUCUAAACGUAAACCUGGCGACUUCGGCCGCAAAUGCCGUCAACAAUUUAUUGGCGGUGGAAAGCGCCUGCUCCACUCCAAGAACCCCUGAGAUUCUUAAUUCUUUAAUAGCCAUGACAAAUCCGCUGGACAAUUACACAUUCGACGACGAUUCGCAGAAAAACGGUUCUAAUGUCUUGUCCAUCUCAGCUUCAAAUGAUUCUAACUCGUCCAGUUCAAGUACCAUGGAGUCACCUACGGCAACGCAUCCCAGUAUCCAACACACUUGUUCCCAACUCAUCAAAGCUGGACUCAAACUAUCGAUCGAACAGAAACGAAAAAUCAAUGGCGACUCCGAUGAUCUAUUGGAUUUAGACAGUUGCAAACGCAUCAAAAAAUGCGAGUCCGAAUCAGAAGACGGCAGAAAUCCCAACGGGUUGACACCAGAGGAUGAAGAAAGGCGGCGAAGACGACGUGAACGGAAUAAAAUUGCCGCCACCAAGUGUCGUUUGAAGAAACGCGAAAGAACCGCAAACCUCAUUCGCGAAUCGGAAACAUUAGAAACCCAAAACAUCGAGCUGAAAAGCCAGGUUCAAGAAAUGCAAAACCAACAGCGACUUUUGAUCGACAUGAUUUCGAAACAUAGAUCCGUUUGUACCGAAAACAUCCCCACCUCUAACAGGGAUCCCCUAUGCACCAGACUUCCACCGAUGUCGUCUAUUUCUACCCCAGUGAUUGAAUCCAACCAUUCCUACUGUCGUCAACCUAACAACGCUAAUAUGCAAAACAUUUUUAAAACUGAAAAUUUAGAUAUCUUUAAUGGUGCACUCGAUGUAAGUGAAGAUAUAUCUUAUCGAAGGAACUCGCUACAGUUUAACAAAGCUCCUAGCAUCAUUAUAGAAGCAGCGGUCGACAGCUAUGACCAAACCCAAUUGCUAGAUCUUGACAAUUCCGACCAUUGUAUAUCAAACUACAAUUAUAAUCAUCAGCAAUGCCACAACUAUAGUAGUGAUAACUAUGGCAGUACAGGCAUGGACAGUGGUUGCAUGGCUUAAGAUACCUUUCGUUGCUUUAGAAAAAAACAUUCGUUACCAGAUCUGACGUUUUUUAUUUUAA